GUGUUUUUCUUCUGCUGCGGUAAAUCUAGUGAAAAACGGACCGGAAAAUCAUCCUGCCUCACGAUGGUCGAUUACGGAAAAGAGUUUAUGCUGCUCCUGAUGGACGAAAAGUGCUACGAUAAAUACUUCUUGGAAUUUGACUUUCUCGAUGGUGAUUGCUUCCGUGCCCUGCUGAGCAAGGGACUCGGCUUCGGCAUCAUCGCCGGCUCGGUGUUGGUGAAAGUGCCUCAGAUAAUGAAACUCCUAGCCAAUAAAUCCGCCAAAGGCAUCAAUCUGUUCAGCAUUUGCCUUGAUCUGUUUGCCAUAACGGUUCACAUGGCGUACAGUUUCGUCAGCGGUUUCCCGUUCAGUGCCUGGGGCGAUACUUCCUUCCUUGCUCUGCAGACGGCUAUCAUUGCCAUUCUUGUGCUGUUCUUCAAUGGUGCUCCAGCGAUGGCGGCCACAUUCACCGUGGGUUACUCGGCUCUGCUGUACGUGCUGCUGGGAGGCCUUACGCCGCUGAGUUUCUUACUGCUGGUGCAAGGCUUCAACGUUCCGAUUCUGUUGCUCGGCAAGCUUUCGCAAGCACUUACCAACUACCGGAAUGGCAGCACCGGGCAACUGUCGGCCGUGACGUGCUUCAUGCUACUGGCCGGCUCACUGGCACGCAUUUUUACCUCGAUCCAGGAAACGGGCGAUCAGAUGAUGAUCAUCACUUACGGUGCUUCGUCGUUCGCUAAUCUGGUGAUUGCCCUACAGGUGCUGUACUACUGGAACUCGGACAAGUCGAAGAAAUCAUCGUCGACCGGUGCGGUGACAAAGAAACCAAAGGCCAAGAGCAAGAAGUCCGACUAAACGCGACCGUCUUUCCGUCGCUGUUUAGCUUUUGUUUGUUUCGUUCUUUUUGAAAUACUCUAGCAAAUCGUGCGCUCCUUAGUUUAGAUUAGUCUAAAAGUACGGUUUUAAAAAGAGAGCUGUUCAACAUUCAACUAAAAGACAUAUUUUAAAAAGACACAAUACAACGACUGCAACCGGGAUGCCGGUACGCGAUUGUCAAUUGUCCGUGUAGUAAGCGGUUCUAAGUAAUCUUGCGAGCAUCACAGAUUGUAGUGAAAUAUAAUAAAGAAAAGAAAAUUAC